GCAAGCACCAUGUUCCAUUUCAUCUAGGAUUUUGCCUCUUGUUCCUUUCCUCCUCUCUGAGUCGCUCGCCAUUAUUUCAGGCUUCGCCAUUACUCUCUUAACAUUUCGAAAACAGAGUGAGAAAGAGGAACUACUCUGUCGCAUUUAAAGAUGAAGCAUAAAGAUGGAAAACCGAUCAACCUCCCAGACAAGAAGUCCAAGGUUGUCCCUACGGCAAUCUUGCUUUUGCUGUGUGGACUUAGCUUCUACCUGGGUCGAUUCUAUUGUUCCAAUAAAGACAACGUCAUCACCAGCAACAUUCAGAAGGCAAUGAGGAAUUCUCCAAAAGAAUCCUCAGUUGCUCCUUUGCAAAUCAAACCCAUCAUCUUCCCAGAAUGCAGCACUGACAAUCAAGACUACACUCCAUGCACAGAUCCAAAGAGAUGGAGGAAGUAUGGUACCUAUAGGCUAACCUUGUUGGAACGCCAUUGUCCUCCAAAGUAUGAGAGGAAAGAAUGCUUAGUUCCUCCUCCUGAUGGAUAUAAGCCCCCAAUCAGAUGGCCAAAGAGCAGAGAUGAAUGUUGGUACAGGAACGUGCCGUAUGAUUGGAUAAACAAGCAGAAAUCGAAUCAACACUGGUUAAAAAAGGAAGGAGAGAAAUUCAUGUUUCCUGGUGGAGGUACUAUGUUUCCCAAUGGUGUUGGGGAAUAUGUUGAUUUAAUGAGAGAUCUGAUCCCAGGAAUGAAAGAUGGGACUAUCCGAACUGCCAUUGACACUGGAUGUGGGGUUGCUAGCUGGGGUGGUGACUUGUUGGAUCGUGGGGUUCUCACAGUUUCUCUGGCCCCAAGAGAUAACCAUGAAGCUCAAGUUCAGUUCGCUCUUGAACGUGGCAUCCCUGCAAUUCUUGGCAUCCUUUCCACACAGAGACUUCCUUUCCCUUCCAAUUCCUUCGACGUGGCUCACUGCUCAAGAUGCCUCAUCCCUUGGACCGAAUUUGGUGGGAUUUAUCUGUUUGAGAUUCAUCGUAUUCUGCGCCCCGGAGGGUUCUGGAUACUGUCUGGUCCGCCGGUGAACUACGAGAGAAGGUGGAGGGGAUGGAACACGACGGUGGAAGAGCAAAGAUCAGACUACAACAAGCUUCAAGAACUGCUCACAUCCUUGUGUUUCAAGCUGUACAACAAGAAGGAAGACAUAGCAGUGUGGCAGAAAUCACCCGACAACAAAUGUUACGACAAUAUUGGCCCAGAAUCCUACCCACCAAAAUGCGACGACGGUCUCGAACCUGACUCCGCCUGGUACACUCCUCUUCGUCCAUGUGUGGUGGUUCCAAACCCCAAGUUCAAGAAAUCGAGUCUGAACAAGGUUUCCAAGUGGCCUCAACGCUUGCACGUGGCACCGGAGAGAAUCACAGAUCUGCCCAGCGGGUCUGCGAGCAUGUUCUCGCAUGAUGAUAGUAAGUGGAAGAAGAGGGUUCAUCAUUACAAGAAGUUGAUGCCGGAGCUCGGCGCCGACCAGAUAAGGAAUGUGAUGGACAUGAACACAGUGUUCGGAGGUUUCGCGGCGGCUUUGAUUGCUGAUCCUGUGUGGGUUAUGAAUGUGGUUUCCUCGUAUGCUACGAACACCCUCCCUGUCGUUUUUGAUCGAGGCCUGAUCGGGACCUUCCAUGACUGGUGUGAGGCAUUUUCGACAUAUCCUCGUACAUACGACCUUCUUCAUCUGGAUGGACUCUUCACUGCUGAAAGCCACAGAUGUGAGAUGAAGUACGUGAUGUUGGAGAUGGACAGGAUCCUGCGACCGAAAGGGUAUGCGAUCAUCCGAGAAUCAACUUACUUUGUGGAUGCUAUUGCGACAAUGGCCGAGGGAAUACGAUGGGAGUGUCGUCAAGAAAACACAGAAUACGACAUUGAGACUGAGAAGAUCUUGAUCUGCCAGAAAAAGCUCUGGUACUCAUCUUCCAGUGCCUGAAGACGACGAUCCCUCAACUCAGAUCUUCAACCAGCAACCAAACAGAUGAUUCAUUUUAAAAAGGACAGCAAGGACUGAAUCUGGUAACAGGUUUACCAAUGGAAGAAUUGACAAGCCAAAUAAUUAAUUCUGAUUUUGGUUAUAGUGAGAUUUAUUCUAGUAUAGAUGUUUUGUUAUUCAUAGUAUUAUUAUUAUUAUUAUUCUUUAUAGGCCAACAAAUGUAUUGGUUAUAUGUCUUCCUUUUAUCUCUGUUUUUCUUCUUCUUCCCUCGGCAUUUUCUUCUCUUGUACUGUGAUAUGAAGGCGGAAUUCCCCAGGAAUGCUGUUGCUGCUUCCUCAGGUGUAUCCCUCAAAAACAGUGUUACUGUGUUUCAAUACAAAUUCUUUCCAUGCAA